AACCACAAUAUUCUUUCGUUCAAAUAAGUCCCGAAUACAGCAUGCUUGAAAUAGAUUGAUAGUUAACACUCCAGUACUUUGGGAUCCUUAUCCAGAUUAUAACUAAAAUAUGGGAAUAUGGAUCACGUAGUUCCACGAUCACAUGCAUACUCAUCAUCGGAUGCACCCCCAGUAGCACCAAGGCCUGAUUUAGCCCUAAGAAGGUAUCACUCUUCAAAUCCUGAUGACAGAGUCAGUUUAACAAAACAGAAGCCAUAUGAAAGUGAUUAUGAAAAAGUGAACAAGCUCCUACGCCAUUCGUUAUAUACAAAGAAUCGUAAGGGCAAUAGAAGAGUCCCUGACCAGGAAAACACAGUAUCAGAAAUGGGGCCAAGACCAAGAACACAAACAAAUAUAUUGGUGCAACCAGUUAUCCAGGAAGAUGAAGAUAUCUACUUGUCACCUGAGGAAAUAGCAAGUAUGCCACAAUCUGUCAAUUCUUCAAUACAAAUGCACAAAAGCACAUCCAUACCACAAACAGCAAAUCCACCUCUUUCAAUCUCUUCUGAAGAUACACAGAAUCACCCAACAUAUGCAGUUGUUAAUAAAAAGUCAGGCUUCAAAAUAGAAACUGCAAUUUAUGGAGUGGCUCAAGGAAAAGGUUCAAAUUUUGUAAUGGAAAUGAAAGAGAUUCAAAGGACAGUGAACAAAUUUUAUGGAAGAAUCAUGAGUACAAAUAGCAAUACCCCAGAAAUAGCAGAUUUGAGAACACAUCUCAGGACUGGUGAUAAAGCUCCAAUGAGUGACAUUUUGAGGAAAAUUCAUCUAAGUUUGCAACCACCUGAACUACAUAACGAAAAGGAAGAAAAUGACACAAUGUACCUGGUUGAUUUUCACAAUUGUGAGAGUAAGUCACAAUUGAGAGAAAAACUACUACGGCUGUUCACAAUACCUGGACCGCCUUCAAUUGCAUAUCAGCGAGUGACUGCAAAAUUAGAUGCUUUAAUUCACACCUUUGCAGAAAUUGUCAUUACCCUGAGGGCAGCAAAAAAUGAAACAAUUGUCAGUCCAUACCACGCUCAAAGUAUUUUACAGAAUGCAGCAUCAGAAACAGAUCAACUAAUAAAGGUUCUGCAAGCUAAUGAACUUUGGAUAAAAUGGGGAACAGAGACUGGACUUCCACCGCUGAAUCAUGUCUAUAUGCUGAAACAGUCACCAACAUAUGAAAUGAGAAAAUCCAUAGUGCUUUCCAUAAUCGCAGAAAAAUGUGACGUCAUCAAGGCAAUGCUAUCCCAUCAAGUUAGACAAGAGGAACUUAUUCCACCUAUUUACAGCAAGUUGGAGUCAGAAGAAGGUGAAAAAUGGCAGGUGACGGAAUAUGACCCAGACACAAAAUCCCUUGAGACUCGAGAGACAGCAUUUCCAAUAUGGAUUACAGAAUGUCCCAAAUUAAGUGCACAUCUUAAAUCACCUAACAGGACUAAAUUCAAGCAUGGCGAUCACACAUAUGCCCUAUACUCCGUUUAUUUGGUCGUAAUUAAAGACAUUACAAUGGCAGAAGGAAACUUCCCUAAGGAAAGUAGGAUACCAUGUAGUCAUCAGAUUUAUGUUGGCUCAUCUUCUACUGGAGUGUUAUACAAAUUUAUGAAUGUUGAAAACAAUCACUGUGAUCAUAUCAAAGAUAUUUUGGAUAGAAGUUCUAUGUUAAAAACUUUUCGAUGCCAUCAAGAUAGUGAGUUGGUAGAGGCCUGCCUUGCACUUUCAUGGGCAAGAAGACAACCUAGAGCAGUCUUUGUGAUAAACUCCUUCCAAGAAGGAAAUAUGGCGAAACUAUCAUUGAACAAGAAAAAACCAUUCCACGACAAAAUGAUAAACCUGGAGCAGCAUUACAUUUCUAGCAAGAAACUGGGUCCAGCAAAUGACAUGCGAUAUGGCAUGAAUAAGUUAGGAGACAAUAUAUCACCAUAACAAUAUUUCUUUCACAAAUGAAAGUCUAAGUAGUGCAACAAAGUUUGAUUUUAAAUCUAACAAAGAAACAAAAACCACGGAGAAUUGAGAGAGCAUGAUUAAACCAAUACCAAUUAAAUAACUGUCUCUUAUACUAUGAAAGUAACAUUUCUAAACAUUUUAAAAAAAGUUUUGAUUUUUCAACUGAUUAAAACUAUAGUGUAUAAAUUUGUUAACACAUGAGUUGUGAACAGCGUGAAAAGAAUGUUUUUCAACAUGAAUAAAGACAAAAAAGAAUUCAAAAGUUGUCAAAUUGUCUAAUGAUAUUGAUGAUAAUUAAAGUGGAUGAUAUUCAUUACCGGUAAUUCAUAAUAGUUUAUGGGAAUUCUUUUGGCAAAAUUAUUUGCCAUUUUCAAUUCAAUUCACUUUUUGGUAUAUUUCAC